AAAUGCGAAUAUGGAAUCGAAUUCGAUGCAUUUCCACAAUUCGAAAAAAUCCUACAUGUCAAGAUGUAAAGGCACCUCUCGUGAGCUCUCAAGUAUUUGAUCCCGAUGUCUGGUCGUGGAAUUCUGCUCCAGAAUCGUCCCUGGAUUUACCCAUCGAUUCUUCUCCAAAUUUCUCGAUGCCCCCCGCAACAUCUUCCGAGACAGAAUUCGCAGAAAACGAAGAAUCAACUAGCUCGUCAGACGAUAAAAAGAAGCGUUCCGAAGUAAUCGAAGAAAAUCGAUCCGACGGACAUGCUCCCAUCAAAUCAGCACUGUCAAUUCUGAUGCGAUCACUUCAAAAAUCAUCGUCAAUGACAACCUCACUAUCGGAUAUUGAUGUCACACUUUUCAAUUUUCAUUCCACAAAAUUCGCCGAACGUCUUCUGAAUCGCAACGUGUCAAGUGUGGUAAUCGUGGAAUCAUCUCAUGUUUUCUCGAAAAAUGCAAAGAAAUUCGCCAGUGAAUUCUCAAAUGUUAGCGCCUACCGAGCCGAUAUCUACACUCUAAUGGGAGUUGGACGCAAGAAAACUGCACAAUUUCCAAGGAAGAUGAUGUUUGCAGAUUUUGGCAAGAACGAAACUCCUGAACAAUAUGAAAAUAUACAUCCCUUAACUUUAACUAGUGCCGAGUCAUCUUCAAAUUCCGAACAUCUACACGCAAAGUUCCGAAGGCCACAUCUUCUAGGUGUACUACCAACACCAACUAUACAACGGACGAUACUUGAUUCAAUGAUUCAACAUGUUCUUCUCCACCACUCUGGAAAUGACGAAGAUACGAUAUUCCGGUAUGGAGACACAAAUCUCUUGACUUUUUUAGGCUCUGGAAUUCUUGCUCAAUACACAUGUAGUACCGACAAUCGUCUCAACUUCCUCUCCCAUCAACAUCGACGUCACUCGGCGCUUUUCAACAAGCUUUUCGAAGUGAAAAUGCUCCAAACUCGGCAAUCAGAAGAUCCAGAAACGGCAGAAAUACCGAUUGGACACCCUCCUACAUCAUUUCAUCCUCUUCUUCCAACAGCCAAGAAGAUAACUCACGAAAAGAAACUUUCCGAUGUGAAUUUAACGAAUGGUCUACAGUAUCCUGUACAAAUUCUACCACAGAAACAUUUGAAAAUUGGUGGAAAUGAAGUGACGACUGAAAAUGGAAUGGGAAGGAUGUUAGUGGAUUAUGCGUGUUUUAUGACACAAAUCGGACGGCAACCCAAUGCAAAAGCUGUUGAUCAAGUAGUCAGACUCCUCUGGCCAGAAAGUGCUCUCUCGAUACCAGCUGAUAUCCUUGGCGACCACAAAAUCGGACAGCUGCCCAAUGACCACCUCGAUGUAAUAUUCCAACAUGUUCACGAGGAACUGCACAACACCUCGAUUGCCAAAACCUAUUGCAAUGAGCUCAAAAUUAAGAGAGCUAUCUAAUUAUAAUUAUUCGAAUUCCCCAGUCUGUUCAUAUCUCUCACAACUCGGUUGCAUUUUGUUACAGUAAUCUCACAAAUUUAUACGUAGCCAUGACAUAAAAAAAUAAAA